GUCACAGAUGCUGAGGAGAACUGGUGAGUACGUGUCCUGCAGUGCUAAUUCUACUCUGCGCUUUUAAUCGACAUGUUUUGUGGCUAUUCUUUCAGACACCAGGGCUGAUUGUGAAUGUUUCCUCGAGCAUACCUUCGACACGUACGUGAAAUGGCCACAACUCGUACACCAAGCGCAAUAUUGAAGCAGCACAUUUGCAAUAAAAAUGGCCCAGAGGAAAAGCAGUCACGCGGAGGCACUGAACGCCGCGCACGUGCAAUGGGAAUGCUGACCACUUCUAUCACAAACGACUCCAUCAUUAGACCAGUGGGAUUUUACGUUAUCGGAUUUAGGGAUUUAAAGUUUGCCGAUUUGUAUUUAAUUUUUCUCGGCUUCGUUUAUAUUGUAACGGUUUUGUGCAACGCCUUUAUCAUUUCCAUAAUAUGGAUGGAUCAUCGCCUGCACACUCCAAAGUACAUUGCGGUGGCCAAGUUAGGGGUUGUCGAUUUCAUGCUCAGUACAUCUUUCAUUCCUAGUGCGAUCAACACGUUUGAGACGCAAGAUACUUUCAUGUCCUUCAAUGCAUGUUUGACACAGAUGUUUUUUUAUCACGGUUCUACAAUACUAGAGUCAUUUUCCCUCAUUGCACUUGCCUAUGACAGGUUAAUUGCGAUAUGUUUCCCACUGAGGCAUAAUUCCCUCAACACUCCCAAAAUUAUGAUCAGUGGUUUAGCGAUAGCUUGGUCGUAUAGUGUAAGCAUUAUGGUGUUCGUGGUGUUGACAUUGACAAAACUGUCUUUUUGUGAUUCACUCACCGUGUAUAACUUCUUCUGUGAUUACGUAGCCGUGUUCGCACUAGGGUGCAAUGAUAAGACACUACAGUGGACCACCGCCGCUUCUCUGAGUUUCAUGAUUGGCUUUGGCGCCCUUAGUUUCAUCCUCAUAUCAUACGUGUGCAUUUUGACAGCCGUGUUUAGAAUGAAAAACGUGGAAAGCAGAUACAAGGCACUUGCAACCUGCACAGAACAUUUCGUCCUUGUGGCGAUUUUCUACGGGCCAAUCAUGACGCUGUACGUCGUCGAAUUGUUUCUAUUCCGCGUCGAUCCAACUGUCAGAUUGAUGAGCGUGUCGUUAGCCUCAUGCAUCCCGCCCUGUCUAAACCCCAUUGUGUAUUCUCUGUCAACCAAAGAAAUCAGGAACAGAUUACUGGCUAUUCUCCAUAAAUUCAAGGAAGUAACGUGAGCAGGGCAGACAGAUACCCAAAGGUUGCAGUAAAUGUACAUUUUUAAAAUAAUAACAUCCAUUUAUUUAUAAGCUUUGGUGUUUGGCCUCAUUUGUACAUGUCUAUGUGAAGUCAAAUGUUAUGUAGUUGAAUUAUAUUGUCGUGGAAAUUGUGUCCAAUGAUAGUUAAUGUUUAUAUACUAAAAGAAGUUUGGUGGCCUGCUUAAUCUGUUCAUAAGUGCAGCCUUUGGAAAAAUGCCAUGGCUCAUGCCCCAUUUGAGUUACUAAAGGUGGAUUUUGUUGUUUGACCACAAACCCUCAAAAUUCCUUACAUAGCAGAAACAGUAAUUCCAUAUACACCAUAAUCAUUCAUUUACUCUAUCUCUGCUAGCAGAUCACUAUGGAACCUCAUCGUGCAUAUCCGUACAGCAAGCUCCAAGGGACAUUCUUGUACAUCGCCCCGUAUCCUCCCAAGUAGAAGAUAAUAUGUAACUUUAGCAAUAACCAACCCCAUUUAAGCUGUUGUGACUGUCUUAACAGGAAGCUUGAUGAAACAAAUCAUUCUGUGAAAUUUAGCUGCCACAAUCUCUCCUUCCUUUCCUCUGAACAGAAGUCAGUUAUAUGGCUUUUUAUUUUUUGUUUGUGUCUAUUUGACAAAGUCCUUUAACUACCCUAACCCUCCCUCUUUCUCCCGUUCCCUUUUUGCAGUGCCAAUGUCCGAGUAGGACAGGGUGGCAGGGAGUGGGCAGGUCAGGAAACUUAUGUCCACUCAGUGGGCCUACUGUGCAUGUGGGGCAGUAGCCCACCUGAGUGCACUGUCGAUAACCUGGGUCUUAGACGCAGAGAGAGUUAUGGAAGUCACCUAAUGUGAUUUGUAUCUACAGGAGACUGUAUCUCACCUGUGUGGGUGAAAGCAGUGUGCAGUAUGUUCAUCGCUAAGUCCCUGUGAGACAAAACCUUGGUCUUUUUACACCUUUAAGCACCUCCUGAGAGUCCACAAAUGAACGGUGUUUGCCUGUCCAUAAUAAAGCAUUUAGCCUUUUUCAACUUCAGUGCUGAGUGGGUGCAUUCUCGUCUUGUACUCUCACACCAAACCGGGUUAAAGGUGGUGCAUUGAAAACAGCACUGAUACUACUUUGUUGUAUCCAGUAUUUGACACAACACUUUCGGGGCUGUGGUUCUGAAACUUAGUGCCGUAGUACCCCCUGUUUAUGCUGGCUUUCAUCCCAGCCAAUCUGCUGCUCAAUUAAAGUUGUCGAACAUGUGCUUGUAAAAUUCUUUAAUA